UUUGCUGGUUAUCACUGUAUACUCUGUUUUUAUAUUGCAAAUUGUAUAUAUAUCGCAUUUACAUAAAUUACUUUUUCCGGAUUUUUAAAAACUAUCAAGGUAGGCAAAUUUUCUAUAAAAAAACUAAAUUAAAUUAUUAUUUGUGUUUAGAUGAUUUUUGUUUUACUGUUAAUUUUGCCCUCAACCUUUGGGAUUUAUGCUACAGAAUGGAUUUCUUCAAACAAUGCCAGUUCUGUGGAAUUAGAACUUGAAGGAUGGCCGGUUCCUAGACAAAGCUCUGUUUGGAAGAUUCUUAAUCCUUCAUCUGCAUCAUCAUCAUUAUCAUCAUCAUUAGCAUCAUCAUCAUCAUCAUCACUAGCAUCCUCAUUAUCAUCAGCGCUCAUCAAACCUUCUGACGAACCGAAAUCCCGAGGGAAAAGAAGUAUUUGGGAUUUCCCCCUUCUGGAGCAAUUCAAGGAUGUUUAUCUGAAAGAUGUCCUAGAAGAACUGAAAAGUACAAAAACUGUGACCUACAUAUUUACCAGAGACACUACAGUGUUUCUUUUGAUAAAUGUUAUUUGGAUUUCCUUGCAUUUUCUUCUAUGGAAAGGGCAGGCUGGAGCAAGAAGUUUUGUAGAUCCUUCAGAGAUUACUGCUGAGGAUAGGAUUGUUGCUCUGGACCAUUUUGAGGAAUAA